AAUACCACCACAGCUGUGCCUCUGCCGCGCUGCAGACGCGCGUCCCCACUGUCUACGCUGAGCCUGUGCAGCAGCGGCUGCAUUCACUCUGCUACCGCCCUGCUUGUAUUUCGUCGCUCCCAGAAAGAGAAACCCGUCUGUACCCCACUCAUACAGGCGGACCUGUUCACAUUUUCACUGUGGAUUUUACAUCUUUACAGGAGACCGUGGAUUGGAACUAAUUAUUGCGCGUAUUGGAUACAUUUGAGCGGAAUCACUGUUAGGUUAUUGUUUUUCAAGGUUGGAGACAGUAUGCUAUAUUGAUAUCUAAUCUGCGUGAUAUUGGUUAAUGAUUUCGAAGCACGCGGAGGGGCGUGGAAUUCAUUGACAUCGAUUUGGUCUCCUUGUGUGUAAAACAACCGAGAUAUUUUCUCUCCACUCCUCCCUUCCCUCACCUUCAGCAUGACUUCUCUGUCUGGGACCAAAGAGAGGUCUGUGACCAGCAGGAGCAGAAAAUACGGGGUUACCGACACCUCUCCGACAAAAUCAGCCUCCUUCUCCCCGGAGACAUGGUAUAGAAAGGCCUACGAGGAGUCCCGGACCAGCAGCAGACCCGCUCCAGAGGGAGUCGGCUCCAUGCCUAGCUCCACAGGCACCCCCUCCCCAGGAUCUGGCACCUCUUCCCCGGGCUCUUUCUCUGGUUCCCCCGGGACCAUAUCCCCAGGGAUCGGGACCUGUUCUCCCGGGUCUCUGGGUGGAUCGCCAGGUUUCGGUACAGGUUCGCCCGGCUCUGGCAGUGGGAGUUCCCCUGGUUCUGAGAGAGAGAGGGGGAUAUGGUGUGAGAACUGCAACGCCCGGCUGACAGAGCUGAAGAGGCAGGCGCUGAAGCUGCUGAUUCCCGGCCCCUACUCCAGCAAGGAUCCCUCCUUCUCCCUCCUCCUCCACGACAAGCUCCAGGUGCCCAACAGCUCGCGGCGGGCGUGGAACGAGCGUGACAGUCGCUGUGACGUGUGUUCCACUCAUCUGACUCAGCUGAAACAGGAAGCAGUCCACAUGGUGCUGACCUUGGACCAGUGGGACCUGUCCCCCAGCUCGCCCCCCACCCUGCCCAGCCGCAGUGGCCUUCCCCAGGGCCCCACAGCACCACGGGACUGGGCCUACCUCCUCCCAGCCUCAGCAGCCUACCCCCAUCCACACCCACACCACCCUACCAUGCCUCCGUCCUCCUCUAGUGCAUCAUCCUCAAGCCCCAGCCACACUGCCUCCAACCCCUGCCAAGGUGCAGCAUCUGUGGGGAAAACCCCUGCCCAGGCAGCCUCUUCAGCUCUAGCCCCAGCCUCCUCAUCGCCAGCUCCAUCCUCUGUGCAUCAGGGAGGGUACCCCCGCCAUGGGUCCAAGCCCAGCUCCCUAGGGGUCGGCUUGGGGGUUGAGAGGAGGAGCGUCUCUCCGGCACACAGCAGUAAAGCCAGCGGUGCCCAGCCGCCCCACAGCCCCAGUAAUAACGGUUCUGGUAGCAGAGCGUUACUGAGCACGGCAGCCCUGCAGGCUCACCAGUACAUGUCUCGCAGCAAUGGAGGAGGAGUCACACUCUACCCCUACCAGAUCUCGCAGAUGAUAUCAGAGGGGUGUAGAGAGGGUCUGACGGAGGAGGCUCUGAACCACUACAAUGCUGAUCUCCCCGCCCCCUCACCCUCCAAGGCCCCUCCCACUUUGCAGGUUACCACGGCAACCCCAACCACCACCUCUGCCGCUGCAUCGUUCUUCGCCAGAGCUGCCCAGAAGUUGAACCUGUCUUCUAAGAAGAAGAAGCAGUGCCCAGCGCCCCCCCCAGUGGUGUGUGACCCCCCUCUGUUCCCCACCAACUUCAGUGGGACCCUGCAGACCACGCCUCCCCCUGCCCCCCCCUGCUUGCUACGGGCUGCCAGCAAGAUCAAAGACACCCCCGGACUGGGCAAGGUGAAGGUGAUGGUUCGUGUGUGUCCUGUGACUUCCUCAGACGCAGCAGAGUCCAGCUCCUUCCUCAAAGUGGACACCAGGAAGAAGCAAGUGACCAUCAUGGAGCCCUCAGCCAACCAGACAAAAGGCAACACCCCCCAGAAACGAGGAGGAGCCAAUCAGGUCCCUCCUAAGAUGUUUGCCUUUGACGCUGCCUUCUCCCAUGAUGCAUCACAGGCGGAGGUGUGUGCUGGUACUGUAGCUGAGGUAAUUCAGUCUGUGGUGAAUGGAGCCGACGGCUGUGUCUUCUGUUUUGGCCACUCUAAACUGGGUAAAUCCUACACCAUGAUAGGUGGUGACGAGUCCAUGCAGACCCUGGGGAUCAUCCCCUGUGCCAUCUCCUGGCUCUUCAAACUCAUCAACGAGAGGAAGGAGAAGACAGGAGCACGUUUCUCUGUCCGAGUCUCCGCCGUAGAGGUGUGGGGUAAAGAGGAGAACCUGAAGGACUUGCUAUCUGAAGUGGCUACAGGUAGUUUGCAGGACAGCCAGUCCCCUGGAGUCUACCUCUGCGAGGACCCCAUCUGUGGCAUGCAGCUCCAGAACCAGAGUGAGCUGCGAGCCCCCACGCCAGAGAAAGCAGCCUUCUUCCUGGAUGCAGCCAUAGCAGCUCGCUAUAGCAACAGAGCUGACUCCGCCCCGGAGGAGCAUCUCAACUCACACAUGCUAUUCACACUGCACAUCUACCAGUACCGCAUGGAGAAGACUGGCAAGGGAGGGAUGUCAGGAGGUCGCAGUAGGCUCCACCUGAUAGACCUGGGCAGCUGUGUGAAGGUGCUAGGAGGAGGGAAGGGCAGAGACAGCAGUGGUAGUAGCAGCACCACAGCAGCAGGGCUGUGUCUGUCUCUGUCUGCCCUGGGGAACGUCAUCCUGGCUCUGGUCAACGGCAGCAAACACAUCCCUUACAAGGACAGUAAGCUGUCCAUGCUACUGAGAGAGUCGCUGGGCAACAUGAACUGCCGGACUACCAUGAUCGCUCACAUCUCCUCGUCGCCUAGCAACUUCUCUGACACGCUCUCCACGAUCCAGAUCGCCUCGCGCCUCCUCCGCAUGAAGAAGAAGAAGACUAAAGUCAGCAUGCAAUACACGUCCAGUUCGUCAGGGGGUGAGAGUUCGUGUGAGGAGGGGCGUAUGCGUCGCCCCACUCACCUGAGACCGUUCCACUCCCGUAGCUCUGCAGACUCAGACCUGCCCCUGCUGCACCUCUCCAGCGACCCAGACAACUACUCCAGCAGCGAGCAGUCCUGUGACACUGUCAUCUAUGUGGGUCCCAAUGGGGGUGCCAUCUCAGACCGCGAGCUGACCGACAAUGAGGGCCCGCCAGAGUUCGUCCCCGUCAUCCCUGUUUUGCCGACUACGCCACCUCUGCGGCAGCAGCAGACAGUACUCCCCCAGGCUCAGCUUGUCCCUACACAGACACACACCCAGCCCACUACUGAGCCCCUCAACGCCCCCAACCAGCCCCUGCUCCCCCUCCUCCAGCCCCCAUUCCCUCUCCUCCAGCCCCCACUCCCCCUCCUCCAGCCCCCAUUCCCUCUCCUCCAGCCCCCAUUCCCUCUCCUUCAGCCCCUGGGUCAUCCCCUGCCCCCUGUGCCAGAGGAAGGGGCUGAGUGCCUGAAGUGCAACACCUUCGCUGAGCUGCAGGAGCGUCUGGAGUGUAUCGACGGGAGCGAGGAGGUGGCAAAGUUCCCCUUCGAGGAGGUGCCUGCUAACAGGGGGGCUAAACCCGACACCCUGGUUCCCCCAGGGUAUGAGAUGGAGCAUAAAGGAGGGGUGGUGGAGGAGGUAGAGCCCCUCAGGAGGAUGUCCAACGACCAGCAGCUCCAGGAGAUCAGGGAGGUGGUGGAGGAGGCAGAACUGGCCCAGACCAUGAUAGAGAGUCUGAGCCUGACCGGCAGCUGCAGUGUGACGGGAAGCAGUGGAGCAGGACAUACCAACACCAACCCUCUACAGAGGGCCAAGAGUGCCAGCCUCCAUGACAGUCGUGAGUCUCUGAGCGCGGACAGUAGCAGUGAUGGUAAGCCCCGCCCCCUGGGCUCUCCUCGGUUGGGCAUCGCAUCUCUUACCAAGACCUCUGACUACCGACCUCCCUCCUCACCCUCACAGCGCUGCAAGGUCUACACCCAGAAGGGUGUGAUGCCGGGAACGCCCCCUUUGUCCUGCCAGAGUCUGUCUACUGCAGACAGCCUGGCUGCAGACAGUGUGAGGUCCUCUACAGAGUCCCUGCUGCAGCCGGUGUCCCUGUCCAGAACCUCCCCCGCGGGGAUGAGUCCCCGGGACCUCAAACGAACCAACUCCUCGUCUGCUAGCCUGGGGUCGGCUGAGACACUGUGUGAUGAGAAUGUUCCUCAGAUUCCUCUGGAUGGACGCAGGGAUACCCGGGCUCCAGCCCCCAACCCUAGCUCUCUGGGAGAAGACGAUCUGGGGUUUACACUGGGGUGUAAGGAGGGCCUGGAGGUCCGGGGCCUGCUGGAGGGUGGCGGCCGUCCCACCAGCAUCAUUAGCUUCAGCAGCGACUGUUCCGUCACUGCACUGGACUCGGGGUCCCGCCCUAUCUCCAUCAACAGCAGCAUCAGUGAGGACCUGGAGCACUAUGGAAUCAACACUACUGUCGUUGCUACGACCACCAGGGUGAUCCCCAUAACAACCGCCUCCAUCGCCGGAGUGAUCGCCAUGGCGGAGGUCAACAUGGCAAAGCUUUGUGUGGAAGGAGAGGCGAUGGCGGCGGUGCCUAGCCGACGGUCAUCCAUCUCAUCGUGGCUAAGUGACCUGAGUGUUGUUAGCGACGGAGAUCAGUCUCUGCACAGCUUCAGCCAGUCCCAUGGACAUGGGGAGGCUCUGGCCGAACCAGACCCCACACAGGUCCCUCUCUGUGGGGAAAAGGAGCAGGACGAGGCGUCCCUGGGUUAUGGAGGAAGGAAGACUCCUGAGAGUGAAGUAGCAUUGUCUGGAGAUGUAAAAGGGAGGGAGACUAAAGAGAGGCUGAAGAGACUUCCCCCCUUCGUGGGUAAGACCACCAUCUCCCUCUCUGACAUGCAGACCCUGGGGGCCUCCAGCAACUUCCUCCCCUUCAAGACCAACAUUACAGUCCACCCCUGUGUGGCCGUCAAACCCAUGGUCAUACUCUCCUCCCUUACCAAGACUCACCUGCUGCCCAAGGACCCAGCCAAGACUGCCUCAGCCCUGGUCCUGGCCUCCAUGUCCAGCGAGCUCAGCUCCGAUGACCCCUGGAUGAAGAGAGACAGGGUGGACGUGAGGCCCAAGGAGCUGGUGUGUGAGGUGAAGCCAGAGAAGUGGGUAGUGGAUCCACCAGUCAAGACAGACCCAGCUAAGAGCAGCCAGGCCUGGCCCCAGGGUGACAGGGCCAGCAGGGUGGACAGUGGCUACGGAGGGGACCGUCACAGCACCAGCAGUGGGGAGGCCAUCUCCUCUCCAGACUCCUGUAAGAGGGUAGUGGACGGCUCUGAGAUGGUGCUGGUCAGUUCUGGGGAGUGUCUGGUGACUCCUGUCUACUCUGCCGACAUUCUGCGCACCGCCAGUCUGCCCCGUGGCUGGCACCGGCUCAACCGCCACGACGGCCUGGAUGAGGACCCACUGCGCUACGACGCUAACGGAGGAGGGGGGGAGUACCGAGGUCUGGGGGUCACCUCCUCCACCCCCUGUAGUCCCAGGGCAACCCUGGACCGAAGGGGGUAUUCCGGGAAACAUGGCCUGUUUUCCCGCCAGAAAGGUAUACCACCGCUGCCACCAGUACGUAAGUCCAGUCUGGACCAGAAGAACAGGGCAGAAGGCCCCCUCAGCCCCAUGCACGCAGCCAGCCAUGGCCUCUCCUUCUUGAGGAGUACCCCGGAGGACCUGGGCGUGCCUGGUGGAGGGAAACACAAGGGGUGCAAUGUGGAGAGCAGCAGGUUAUUCAGUGCUAAACUAGAGCAACUGGCUAACAGAACCAACUCUCUGGGUCAGUCCCAUGGAGGUCACAGCUCUCAUGGCCCCCACUACGACUGCCUCUCUUUGGAGAGGGGGGAGGCCCUCAGCUCCUUGGGCUGGAAGGUGUCAGGGGGAAGGGGGGACUGCACCAUGCCCCGUACCGGACGCAGCCGCACCCGUGGCGGCUCAUUGUCAUCCUCCUCCCCUAAUGGGAACGGUUCCGGUAACAGCCCUGGCAGCGCUCCCCAGUCACCCAAGUCGAGCCAGUCCAAGAUCUCAGCGGUCAGCAAGCUCCUGAUGGCCAGCCCUAAGGCCCGCAGCCUGUCGGCCUCCAGCACCAAGAAACUCAGCUUCUCCACCAAGUCUCUGCCCCAGUCUGUCAACCGCAGCUCCAGUCUUCCUCCCAACGGAAAGCCCCAGGCCCAGGGUCAGACCAUCCAGGGUCAGGGACAGAAGCAGGCACCCAGCUCUGGCUCCUGGUCCACCCAGUCUCUGAGUCGCAACCGAGGGGGAGACCUGGCCGCCAAGCUGCCUCUGAGAGCCGUCAACGGACGCAUCUCCGAGCUGCUUCAGGGCAGCGGAGGCUCUCGAUCCGCUGGUCACAACCGAGGAGGAGGCUCCGAGGCUGGGGAGGAGAGGGGCGCUGGAGGGGGUGGAGGUGGUGUCGGGGCACAGGGAGAGGAAGGACCCUUGGUAGUCCACACCCUCCCGUCUCCCUACAGUAAGAUCACAGCGCCCAGGCAGCCGCAUCGCUGCAGCAGUGGUCAUGCCAGUGACAACAGUAGUGUUCUGAGUGGAGAGCUGCCCCCGGCCAUGGGGAAGACGGCCCUGUUCUACCACAGCGGGGGCAGCAGUGGCUAUGAGAGCAUGUUGAGGGACAGCGAGGCCACAGGAAGCACGUCCUCUGCCCAGGACUCUCUGAGCGAACACAGCUCAGCCACCAGCAGCAGCCGCCGCAGCCUCAAGAACAACAAGAAGAAGAACAACAGCACAGGUACCCAGCGUCGUCGUCUGAUUUCCAGCCUGACCCCGGACUCGUCCUCUCCGGUCAGGAAGCCUGCCAUCAGCCCAGGUGUACGCUGGGUAGACGGGCCGCUACGCCCCGCACCCAGGGGAACCACAGAACCCUUCGAAAUAAAGGUCUACGAGAUAGACGACGUGGAGCGCAUGCAGAGGAGAGAGAGAGGCAACAAGGAGGUGGUUCAUGUCAGUGCUCAGCUGAAGAUCUUGGAAAACAGGCAGCAGCGAAUAUCUGAGGUCCGAGCCAAGUACGACUGGCUGAAGAAAGAGCUGGAACAGACCAAGCAGCAUCUGAUGCUGGAGCCCGAGAAAUGGACCACUGAAUUUGACCUGCAGCAGACGUUUGAGGUGGACUCUCUGGAAUACCUGGAGGCUCUAGAGGUGAUGACAGACAGACUGGAGACCAGGGUCAACUUCUGCAAGGCUCACCUCAUGAUGGUCACCUGCUUCGACGUCACCUGCCGACGCAGGUAGAACUAAGAACGGCCAGGCGGACCACACCUCCUCUAGGACUCAUGGGAAGUGGAGACAACACAACAGGAAGAGAGAGGGAUGGAGCAGAGGGAGGGAUUUCCCUGAGGAGGUGCAGAGGCAGAUGGAGACAAAGGCAUCCGGAGACUAAAGAGGAAUAGUUUUUUAAGCAGCGGGGAAGGGAGCAGGAGAAGAGGAGGAGGAGGAAGAGAAGGAGGAGGAAGAAGAGGAGGAUGAGGAAGAAGAGGAGGAGAGAGAGUGUUUUAAAGGAGUAUAUCUGAAGAGGA